CAUGACAACGCCCUCAUUUCACUUGUGUGCUGUUGCCUGCCAGACCAACAACAAAUCAGUUUAGCCAGUUAGCCUGUGAAAGCUUUGCUAUUAAAGCAAGGUUUUUGUUUUAGAAUUUUGAUUUAAAAAAAAUACGAAUAUGGUCUGUGGUGGAUUUACCUGCUCUAAAAACGCGCUUUGUUCCUUAAAUGUGGUUUACAUUCUGGUAGGUCUGUUGCUGAUAGGCGUGGCAGCAUGGGGGAAGGAGUUUGGCAUCGUGUCUAGCAUCCACAUCAUCGGUGGGGUCAUAGCUGUGGGCUUCUUCCUGCUUCUCAUAGCCAUCGUGGGACUCAUCGGAGCCAUCCACCACCACCAAGUCAUGCUCUUCUUUUACAUGAUCAUACUUUUCCUGGUAUUCCUUGUCCAAUUUGGAGUUUCAUGCUCCUGCUUGGCCAUGAACCAAGACCAGCAGGAGAAGCUGCUGAACUCCACCUGGAGUCUGAUGAGCAACAACACCAAGGGAGAGCUGGAGGUCCGGCUGGACUGCUGUGGCCUGCUCAACAACACCCUCGGCCAGAGGCAGUUUACCCAGGACUGGUUCAGCUGCAAUGCUCCGUGUAAAGACAGGAGAAACUGCUACACCUGUGGUACCAUGAUGCUACAGCACGCUACAGAGGCUCUGAAGAUCCUGGGAGGUGUCGGACUCUUCUUCAGCUUUACUGAGAUUCUUGGGGUGUGGCUGGCAGUGCGCUACAGGAACCAGAAAGACCCCAGAGCCAAUCCCAGUGCUUUCCUAUAGUCAGUCUAACCCCAUCUAAUUAAUGCAGUACUGUAGAUUCCCAAUGAGGAGAUACACUGGUAGCUGUACAUGUAGAGUUGUGCACAUCUAGAAACACUCAGGAGUUUAAACUGGACCACAAUCAUACAAAUGGGCUCCGUUCCAAAUGGCACCCUAGUCCCUCUAUUGUGACCUAGUUUUGACUAGGGCUCCAUAGGGCUCUGGUCAAAAGUAGUGCACUAUAUAGGGAAUGGGGUGCUAUUUGGGAGACAUCUGCGGACAAGAGAGCACACACAGAAGCUGACACACCCCUCCGAUAUACACACCAUCCUUAUAUUCACACUGGACUAAAACACAUCGCCUACCUACUGCAUUAACCUCUGUUUGUGCAAGCACUCCUCUUCAUAUUGCCUAGUUUAGAUUUAGCGAGAGGUCAAACGUCUCGAUUUUGGCAAGGAUCCAGAUCUUAUGUAUGAUAGGAUAAAUGGCUACCUCCAUUGGGCUAUUGCCCAGCCUUGAUUUGAGUACUGGAUCUUUGAUGACUGACUAUAUUCCAACCAUGUCACCGCAGCCAUUCUUUUACACUUGCCCUGCUGCACAGACAUACCUACAGGACCUUGUUUUCUCCCAUGCCUAUUGACAACCCUACUGUGUAUAACGUUUAAUAAGCCAAUUUCAUUCACCUUUUCCUCCAACCUGUAUGUCGUGUUAAUUCUGCUGAGUAUGGCCCUCUAGAUUAGUGCUAGCUGUGAUGUGUGGCACUACAGUAUGGUAUGUACCGAUUGCUGUCAAAUGCAUUAUUCAGGAAGUUUCUAUUUUUCUCUCUUAACUUGAGGUGAAAUGCUGUGUUGUUGUUUGAAGUUAGAUAAAAAAAAUCUCAAAGUAAUGGUUGUCGCAAAGGAAUGGGUGCACGUUGGAAGUGGUGUGUGAUGGAAAUGUAUGUUUUUCAGAUGAAUUGAUGAUGCCGUAGAUGCUGGUAUUGUAUUUUAGAAGUUCGAUUUUAGAUAGUCAAGUAGUUAAUCUGGUAGGAUUAAGAAUAUUUAUGAACUGAACUUGUGUAACUGAGCCAACUAAUUUAACAUUCACAUAAGUAGGUAGAUCGCCAAUGGGACUGCAGCCCUUAUUGUUGUACAUGUAUAUAGUCUUUUGAAAGUUUUCAAUAUCAUGAAAGACGGGUUUGAUGGUUAAGAUGAUCCACACCUCCUGUAUUUCCAAUGUUCCUUUGUUUCACAAAUGAUGUCAAUAAGUGUAACGAUUUAGUGACCUAUGAGGGACAUGGUAGUCAAAUACACUAUGACCUCUCCUGCUACUUAAAGGUACAUUACGUUUAUUCCUAACUCACUAUUGGUUCUCGUUAUUGGCAGUUGAAAGUGUAAACAAUAGCAAUAGUUCACGUCUCUGAACGUCUUUGAAUUGGUUUAUGAUAAGGUAAGAAAGUAGUAAGAUCAUUUGGUUAUGUCUAAGUCUUGUAUUCUUCCAAAAUAAUUGUAAUGAGCAAUACAAUGUUAAAUGGCACCUUUAACUAGAAGGGAAAUGAUCUAUUAUCGAUCAUUUCAAGUUUUUAGCUGAAAAUCUGAAGUUAUGCCUAAUUUGGUCGCAGCUAUAGUGAAAACCUGCUGUACUUGUUUUAUUUUCCGUAAUCCUCAGUUUGUUUGUGCAUUUGUUGUUUUGCUGCCUGAUGUCGUUGGUUUUGUCCUCGUUUGCCGACAUGAUUUUGUUCAACAGUGUUGAACUCAUUUUUAAAGUGUUUUGAUAAUGCACAGCAGACAUUUUUCUUUUAAUGGACUUAAUAUUCUGCUUUUAGUAAGGUGCUUUCGUUAAAACACAUUACUGCUUGUUCUAUGUCUUACACAGAGGUGUGGAGGAGUGGCAUCUCAUCUGGCCUCUGUUGAUCUGGAUCAACGUGUAGGACUAAGAUGAAUUGAAAUGUCAGCGCUUGUAUUACUUGAACCACUUAUGGUGAAUUAAUAUGGUUUUUGAUGGUGGAUAUGGUGCUUGAGUGGAGCCACUACAAGGUCUAAUGCAUAUAUAUAUAUAUAUAUUAUCUGUGCGCAUUAUAUUAACUCUGUACCUUAUAGACCAUGUACCCUACUUAAAACCUUGUGCACUUGUUAUCCCAAUUGUACCCUAUCUUGAAUUUUUGAGACUUCAAUUUCCAAAUAAAAAUGACAAGAUAGGAUAAA